AUGGCGGUGAGCUUUGCUUAUGGUGGGCCCACAGCCCUGUUGAGAAGCGAUAUUGGGUUGGAAAAGCGGCAGCUCUUCUUGAAAAGCUACCAAUUUUCAAGAAAACAGAGUGUGUCCCAGAGGAUAAUCAAAGCUCUGUUGAGGGCCAAAAGGGUAAUUUGGGUCAGGCUCUGGUCCGCCAGAAAGUUGAGAAAAGUGGUGUGGCUGAGCCUUAAAAAUCGGAUCUUUUUCACGGCCAGCGGUCGGAGGAGGAAGAUUAGGAGGAGGUGUUUUCUCAGCCUCCGUAACGUAUUUGCUGGAAAAGUUGGCCACUAA